ACUUUCUCUCUCCCUUUAUCUUGCUCUCACGCUCUCUCCCCUUCAUCUCACCUCCAACUAGUCAGUGUUCCGUCUCUGUCCUGCACUGUCUCUCUCUCUCUUUCCCCCUCUCUCUGUCUCUCUCUCUCUUUUUGGUGUGCUGAAGCUCUAGUGUGGUUUGCUGUCUGUGCGUGCGUUGCCGGUCUCGUUCCUCUGCAGACCUGAACCUCCAGCUCUACCCGGGACUCCAGCUCACUCCACAGCCGUUGUAGAAAUGACCAUGAACAGCAUCCUGAACCCUGAUGACAUCAAGAAAGCCCUUGAUGCAUUUAAAGCUGCUGACUCAUUCGACCAUAAGAAGUUUUUCGAGAUGGUCGGACUGAAGGCGAAAUCGACCGAUGAUGUAAAGAAGGCUUUCCAUGUGCUGGACGCAGACAACAGCGGUUUUAUAGAAGAAGAAGAACUCAAGUUUGUUCUGAAGGGUUUCGCGACAGACGGCAGAGAUUUGACUGAUAAAGAGACCAAAGCAUUCCUGCAGGCUGCAGACAAAGAUGGAGAUGGAAAGAUUGGAGCUGAAGAAUUUACCGCUCUGGUUCGCGAAUAAGUGGCGCAGACACUUGACCUGUUCAUACCUCAUCCUGUUCAUGACCUCGACCUUGACCUCAGCACACCCCUGAGACACACACUCAUACACGCCUCCCUGGUUACCUCAUUUCUUUCACACACAUACAAUCCUCCUACAAUCAUGCUAUUUAUUUUCCUUUUUUUACAGAAGUGAAUACCUCUGCUAGUGUAUAGAUCAAGAGACCUUUAAAAGGCCAAGAACCACAUUCAAUAUGUAGAUAUUAUAGAAGAUAAAAAACGCUCCCGUAUCCUUAUUCCCUCACUAUUGUUUUUUAUCCCAUGUCUGAGUUUGUCUCCACUGUCUGUGAAAGACAACAAAAUAAAG